CCUUGCUCCUUCUAUCGUUGAUUUUGAGAGCUAGUACUAUAGAAUGAAAAGGGUGUAGAUCAAAGUUUUUUAAUCUACCCGAAAAAUAUGGCCAAGAUAGCAUCACUCCACUCUUUCCUCAAAAAAGAUAGCAUCCCUCAAGCCUACGCAAUCUUUUUUUUUUUUUUUUUUUUUGAGAGGAAAGAUAGCCUACGCAGUCUAAAACAGAUAAAUGUAUUUCAAUAAUUUUACACUUUCACGUACCAGUAGAUUGUAAUUAGUUGAUUGUGAUUAUCACAUAGGCCUAUCGUUUUUCUCUCCACCACUCACAACCUUCCAGCUCAAAAAGAAAAACAGAGAUCUAAGCUGAAACAGUUGCUUUCAGUGACACCUGCGAGAAUACUGCUGCCCCAGCUUGGUGACUUCGCCCAAAACCAAAACCAAAUCCCUCUGGGUUGGGACCCUUGGGAGGUUGUGUGUGUUAAUAUUUUGAGUACUGAUGGAGUGGAAUUUUUGGAAGGAUAGUUCAAAAGAUACAACAAUGAUGGUGAAUAGACACAAGCACUUAAGUGGUUGUGAUGGAAACAGCAGAGAAUUUAGAUCAUGGUCCAAUCUUCCGGUUGAUGUUUUUAAUAUAAUUGGCAGACAACUUGAUUUUAUUAAACGGGUUUGUAAGAAUUCGCGAAAAAUUCAGGCUGUUGGUCCACUUUAUGAGAUCCUUCAAGUUCCAAGGCUAAUGGAACACAGUUGGGGUUUUGAUGGAAAUGUCUACAGUUUAUGUAGCUUUCACCUCCCAAUUGAAAAUCAAAGUCACGUCACUUACAACAAGAUUGAGGGGAAAGAGUUGAAUGAUGCAGUCAUAUGUGCUUCAAAGUUUGAUUGGUUGCUUUUACAGAAAUCUACAUUGUCAUUCUUCUACAAUCCUUAUACGAAGACUAUAAUCAAACUACCUGAUCUUGACAUCAACUUCAAUCGAAGUACAUUUUCCUCGGUCCCAACUUCUACUGAUUGUGUUUGCUUUGCAAUACAAAGUUCCAAAAACAGUAGCAAAAUGUGGCUAAGCACAUGUCAACCUGGUGACCGCAAAUGGAGCACCACAGUCAAGUUUGCUGGUCCUAAAAGGGCAGUUGAGGAUGUGGUUUACAGUAAUGGAACUUUUUACUGUGUUUUUACAGGAGGAGCAUUGGGGGCCUUUUGUGUUGUACACCGUUAUUGGAGUAUGCUCAUGGAUGUGAAUUUGGUUCCUGGGAUAUUGUCUGACACAAGGGCUCAUAUGGUAGAGUCUAAUGGGCAGCUCUGGUUAGUGUAUCGUUCUAGUUCUAUGUGUUUCAGAGUUUUCAAUUUUGAUUGGUCAGAAAAGACUUGGGAUGAGACAUAUACAUUGGGAUGUCAAGCAUUUUUUCUCGGUUGUACCUCGUUCUCAGUUUCAGCAGAAGGAGAAAUUGCAGGUUUUGCAGAGAGGAUUUAUUAUCAUUGUGAUACUUACAGUUCCUAUUACUCGUUGAAGACUAAGCAGAGUCAUCAAUGUACAUUUUAUCCAUGGGUAACUGAACGCGGGCCUGAGAGAGUUUGGAUUCAACCUCCUUAGAUAUGGUCUAAAUUGGUUAGACACCAAUUUGGAAAACAGGUCUAGCCAUUUAGUCAUGUUUCUUUGCUUGCAUUAUGAAAUGGACUAAUAUACUUGCUUAGGGCACUAAUUUGAGUUCUAGCACUAUGAAGUGUGGAGGAUUUAUUUCUAUUAUUUCCUUGAAUAACAAGCUUUCUGUAUAAAAUGUUAGGAAGGAUUUUAUGGCAUCAUUAUAACACUAUGACUUUGUUAUUGUUACUUUCGAGUCCUUACAUUUUAUUUGUGAUUUAGACCUUUUUGGAUACUUCAUGUCCAAGAGACUGCCAUUGAUAAAAUCCUCAUCCCUGUUGAGAGGAAGGAAAAUGAUUUCACAUUCUUCCUUCCAGCAGACAGGGGUUGCACCCCAUUUGGUGUGCCAUUUGAGCUAUGGUUCGUUGGCUAUAUGGAUCUGUAGAACUUGUCCUGUUUUUUAUUAGAAAGUUGAAUCCAAGAGUGGGUUCAUGGAGCUA